AUGAUCUGGUGGUGUUGCUCAGGCAUAUGCAGAGCCCUGGCUCUUCUGGCGCUCCUGUUUCCCUUGCAGGAGAGGGGCUGCUGGGGUCUCAAUCCCAGCUCUGGGGAUCUGGAGAAGGCUCCAAACUCUGAUCCAGACCCCUGGGAGGUCCUGCAGAGAAACAGACGCAGCUGGGUAUGGAACCAGUUCUUUGUAUUAGAAGAGUACACAGGAAAUGAACCACUCUAUGUUGGCAAGCUACACUCAGAUGUGGACAAAGGAGAUGGCAAGGUGAAGUAUGUGUUAUCUGGCGAGGGUGCCACUUCCAUCUUCACCAUUGAUGAGAACACAGGAGACAUCCACGCCACAAAGAGGCUUGAUCGAGAGGCUCAGGCCUACUACACCCUUCAAGCUCAAGCUGUCGACCGACUCACCAAUUUACCUGUAGAGCCCAGGUCGGAAUUUGUGGUGAAAGUCCAGGACAUCAAUGAUAAUGAGCCCAAAUUCCUUGAUGGACCAUAUCUGGCAGGAGUACCAGAGAUGUCACCCUUAGGAACCAUGGUAGUGCAAGUGGUAGCCACAGACGCAGAUGACCCAACAUAUGGGAACAGUGCCAGGGUGGUUUACAGCAUUGAGCACGGACAUCCAUAUUUCUCAGUGGAGCCAAAGACAGGUGUCAUCAGAACAGCUCUGCCAAACAUGGACCGGGAGACAAGGGAUCAGUAUGUCCUCGUCAUCCAGGCCAAAGACAUGGUUGGCCAAAUGGGUGGCCUCUCCGGUACCACCUCUGUUACGGUCACGCUCACAGAUGUCAAUGACAACCCGCCUCGGUUCGCUCACAAGAACUAUCAGUACACAGUGCUCGAGUCCCUGCCGGUGCAAUCUGUUGUGGCCAGAAUAAAAGCAGCGGAUGCUGAUAUAGGCUCUAACGCGGAGAUGGACUACAGGAUCAUGGAUGGUGACGGGCCCAGCAUGUUCAACAUAACGACAGACGAGGACACACAAGAUGGGGUCAUAAUGCUGCUGAAGCCUUUAGACUUUGAAACAAAGAGCAGCUUUUCUCUCAGAAUCGAAGCCACAAACAGGAAUAUUGACUCCAACUUCUUGAACUUGGGACCAUUUAGUGACACAACAUCAGUCAAGGUGACAGUGGAAGAUGUGAACGAGCCACCCGUCUUUUCCACACCCCUGAGCAAGAUGGUCGUUUCAGAGGAUGCCAAAGUGGGCACCUCAAUCGGGAGAGUCUCUGCCCAUGACCCAGAUACCUCCAACAGUCCAAUCAGGUACUCCAUUGACAGGAACACGGAUUUGGAGCGCUUCUUUAAUGUGGAUGCUUUAAGUGGGGUCAUCAGCACAGCCAAGCCUCUGGACCGAGAAGCAAAUUCGGUCCAUAACCUCACCAUCUUUGCCAUCGAGAGCCAUGACCCAACCCAAAUUGGGAAAGGCAUUGCUCUCAUCACAGUGCUGGACAUAAAUGAUAAUGCUCCGGUUUUUGCCAUAGACUACGAAACACUCCUUUGUGAAAAUGCCAUACCAGGACAGGUGAUCCAGACAAUCAGCGCAGUGGAUAAGGAUGAACCUUUGAGUGGUCAUCGCUUUUAUUUCGCCCUGGCUGGACCUGCUGCUGGUAACCUUAACUUCACUCUGCGAGAUAAUAAAGACAACACAGCAGCCGUAUUGACAAAGCGAGGGGGCUUCAGGAGGCGGGAGCAGCCUGUGUAUCGACUCCCCGUUUUGAUUGUGGACAGUGGAAGUCCUGCUCUCAGCAGCACAAACACACUCUCAGUUCGAGUGUGUGACUGUGACUCUGACGGCGUGGCCUUGUCUUGCGGAGCUGUGGCCUAUACGGCGACUGGCCUCAGCACUGGCGCUCUCCUGGCUAUUUUGGGCUGCAUCAUCACACUUCUGGUUAUGGUUCUACUAAUUGUGACUAUGCGGCGGAGGAGAAAAGAGCCUCUGAUUCUGGAGGAGGAAAGAGACAUCAGAGAGAACAUUGUCCGUUAUGAUGAUGAGGGAGGGGGAGAGGAGGACACAGAGGCCUUCGACAUGGUGACUCUACGCAACCUCAAUGUCAUCAGAGACCCCAAUGUACGACGAGAUGUCACACCAGAUACUCCUACCUUCUUUCACUACCCCUCGGCUUCUCGCCCGUCCUAUAAAUCCCUACCAGACAAUGUGGUGUUUCGAGAGUUUAUUUGGGAGCGACUGAAGGAUGCCGAUGUGGACCCAUCAGCUCCCCCGUACGAUUCUCUGCAGACGUAUGCUUUUGAAGGUAGUGGCUCUGUAGCGGAGUCGCUAAGCUCACUGGAGUCACUAAGUACAGACUCAGAUCAGAACUAUGACUAUCUCAGCAACUGGGGACCGCGCUUCAAAAAGCUGGCCGACCUGUACGGCAACAGCGAUGGCACCAGUGUCUUGUCAUAGCCACUAAAUGUGUCCCUCAACAUUUGUCGGACUUAAAAAAAAAAAUAAUAGUAAUUUAUUGUCAGAGAAAAUGAUUUUGUCUGCCUUAGUGCAUUGGAGGAAAAAAAAAUCAAAGACAACACAAGAGAUUGAAAGAAAAACACUUUGACUUCAAAGGUUUUUUUGGUUUGUUUACCUCCCUGUAUGGAUUUUGAAAAGCGUGCCAUGGUGAGUUUUGACACGGACUUCAAAAGUGGCUUGACUGAGGAGGAAACCUUGUGUGCAAAAGACAUUAAAGGUUUCAGAUUUUGGGCUUGAGUCCAACCACUGACUGCAGAAUGCAUACAUGCUGGAGCAUUUUUACGGGGAGGCACCUGUCCUUUCAUUCCUGUGAUGGGCCCCAGCCCAGCACUCUUGCUUUGAAGCAUUCCUUUGCUAUCUUUGUGCUAAAAAAACAUAAAAAUUUCUCAUGAAAGGCUGUGUCCCUAGAGGCUAAUCAGUACUCACUUGACUGUUCAUAUGAAAUUUGACAGCAAUUUAUAUGUUUUUUUUUCCUUCUUCUUCUUCUUCUAUCUUUGGGGAUGGAGAGCAGGGUGAUGAGGGGCUGUUUUUCAUAAACACUGAGAUCUGGAGCCACAUUAUUCAUGGACUCAGUCAUAUGUCUCAGCACUAUAUGAAGUGUAACUGCACACAUAUAGUAAAGUAUAAACAAGUAUUUGAUGUGCUAAGGAAAUGAUGUGAAGACAUAAGUUGUGCAAAUCAUAAAAAGAAGGACAUGCUCGUCAUUUUGAUGUCUCCACUGGGUGAAACAGGAAAACAUAAUUUCUCUUCUUCGCCUAACAAUACAUUUUGCAGAAGUUGCAAUGUAGUGUUUGUCUCGGUCUGUUUUUUCUUAAGCCUUUCUAUUGCCAAGUCCAAUGUAUAAUUUCUGAGGUAUAAUCUGUCAGGAUUUAGUUGUUUUGCUUUUGUACAAGGCAGGUUGGGCGUGGGAACGUUUGCAUCAUCAGAAACUGUCACUGAUGGAUCUGUCCUUGCUGUGCUCGAUUGCAAAUUCACACCACCUAGACCCUAGAAGAAAAAAAUGUUUCUGAGGUGGCAGUCCUAACCUGGGUGAAGUUGCGGUUUGUAAGUAAAUGAAUUUUGCUUCUGUAGUUUGCAGAUUCCAGCAUAUAUUGUCUUUCAGAAAUGAAGUAAAUAAUGUCAGUGGUUUGAAUAUUGAUGGUGAAAGGACACACUGUAUGAUAAUCAUAUUGUGCCAAUUUUUUUUUCCUGCUUAA